UCGCCGAGUUUGCCCGUUCACUCGCUUCCACUUUAUUAGUCUCGCGUCUCGCGCGGACCACCGCGAACCCCUGCGACCACGACGCUCUCCUCAACCACUCAACAACGCCGACCGACGACCGACAACCGACAACGACGCAGCCACAAUUUGCGUACCUCAACCCGGACAACUGCUUCCUAGGCCGGGACGUGUGCGGGAUGAGAAGUUACCUUCGUCUUUGCUGUGCCGCCUUGACUGUCUGACUUGUGGAAGAACUGGAAGCGACGAUCGAGACCGAGACCGAGACCGCGACCACGACCACUGUAUUACAAAAGAAAUAUUGUACACCGAAUACACUGAAUUAUCCGCGGUCCCGGUCCGUAUUAGCUGGAUUACUGGAUUAUUAUACCGUUUAAUCAUUCCGCGUGUAAUUGUGCACGUAAAUGUGAUUCCCAUCCGUUCGAUUCUACUCACGUGCGUGUGCUGAGUUGUGAUCGGGGGUCGCGAAAAGUGGAUGCUGAUAAAUGGUCCUCAGUGUCAUGUGCAGUGUUCCAGUGCAUCAAAUAACUAUUCGGUUAGCACUUCGUGCCCCGCCAGAUCCUCCGCAAAGUACAAGAAAGGUUGUCCUGGUAAAGAACCAGGCGUCCAGUGUCGCCCCGUGUUCCAGACCAGCGCGUUACGGCGUGCCGGAUAAUACUGCGUGUAUAACGAAAUUCUUUGCGUCGGAAAUCUCUAGGGGGAGGGCGACGAGUUGAGUAAAAAAAUGCUGGCACUCGCGAUGCGUCGCGAACACACCGCAGGCCGUAGUAAUUACAACGAUCCGAACUCCACGGCACCAAACUUUGAUCAGCUCCAGCACUCGUUCGCGGUUCAGUCCGAGGGUCUUGAAGCGGUGGUCCUCAACUCGCGGCUGCGCGACAACCACCAGGGUACCGGAGGCGAGUCCGAAAGCGCCGAGGCCGAAGGUGAAGGUGAACUGCAAGAGUUUGUUGACAUUGCACAGGUCCAGCAGCUCCUGCAGCAGCAACACCAUCAUCACCACCAUCAGCAGCAACAGCAGCAGCACCAGCAACAGCAACAGCAACAGGUCCCACCAGGCUCUACUUCCUGUGUCUGGGGUGCCGUUUACCCACCGCCACCACCGGCGAUAACUUUUCCUCAUUCCACGCACCACCAUCCCCAUCAUCACCAUCAUCAUCCCACGCCAGGAGAGGAUACCUGUCCGUCUGGCGAGGAUACCGCGGAGCCGUUGCAGAGGAUGACGAUGGACGGGAUGGAAGUGGUGGGCUCGCAACCCCACGCAGCGACCAGCCCGUUCCUGCUGGCCUCGCCGCCUCUCGGUCAUCACCAUCACCAUCACCAUCACCAUCACGCAACCUUCAAUCUGCAGGCGGUGCAGCUAAGCUUCGACGCCUGCCUCGCAUACAAUACCGUGUCCUCGGGUAGCACGACGUCGACCGCGGCCACGACGUCGACGGUCUCGUCGUGUAAGCCGGUGCCUUCGCUCUCCCUCGCCUCUUGCGUCUCGCUCCAGCCCCAGCAGCCGCAUCAUACCACCGGUGACAACCCUGCCGACUUGCACCACCAUCACCACAGGAACAACCACCACCAGCACCAUCAGACUCAUCAGCACCACCAUACCGAGGAGCGUCUUCGGCUCACCGACACCCCGUCAUCACCGUGUGAAACUGCCUCCGGUAACGAGCUCACGGAGAGACGACAACACCUCCACGACGACGAGGAGUGCGUUGGCGUUUCCAGCUGCAGGGACGACCUCGGGGACACCGCGGAAAAGGACAAGCCCGGCGACCUCAACACACCCGUUACCACGAGCAGCGACCUUCCUUCGUUCUUCGGACCCUCGGCCCUCGUUGAACCUCCUCCCAUUUCAGGAAGCUUGGCUGGCGAAGACCUCUCUUUGGAGGAGGCAGCUGUCGAGGACGACGAGACGACAGCCGGUAAUCGAGACCACCACCAGCACCACCAUCAGCACCAACAUCAGCAGCACCACCACCACCACCACCACCAACAACAUCAACAACAACAACAACAACAACAACAGCAGCAGCAGCAGCAACAUCAUCACCAGCAACCGGAAAAUUCGACGGGUCUGAGAUGCGACUCGGACGCGACGACGGGAGGAACGACGCCGCCUCGAGGAAGUGCGACAGGUCACCACGUGGCCCAGGAGGAGGCCGAGCGUUGCAACGCGGUACUUCAGAGCGGUGUCAUCCUCUACUCAUCCCCGCAUUCCUCGACGCCGACGGGAGCACCUGCAACGAGUCACACCCCGGCGAACAUAUGCAACGUACCGACUCUGACGUACCGUGGGAUUUUCACAGCUACCUGUACUCAAGCCUCACCCCUGAACCCAAUUCAGUCACAACAGCAAACCGUGGCCCCCGAACUCUGGGGAAGCUUACCAUCGCCGACCUUGAACCUGACCGGUCAACCCUUCCUCCACCCCUCCCUCCACGCAUCUCCCUACGGGGCGGAGACUGUCGAGCUACUCCAGGUCGAAUCGAAACCCCCGCCACCACCCGGCUAUCACGACACCUCGACGCCGACACCCGCUGGCUGGCUGACGGCCCACGAGGAAACUUACGACUCGAGCCUACUUUCCCAUCACCAACAUCACCAUCCGCAACACCAUCAUCAGCAACAGCAUCACCAGGAACCGACGCUGAAGCAGGAACCGUCCACAACUCCAGGCGGCUACAGUACCGGAACGGUGCAGCAGCAGCAGCAACAGCAGCAGCAGCAGCAGCAGCAGCAACAACAACAACAACAACAACAACAGCAGCAAACUGGCGGAGGAAACGGAGCGACCGGAAGCGUACAACUCGCGGAGUACAACCCAAGCACGUCGAAGGGUCAUGAGAUACUGUCCCAGGUCUAUCAGCAGAGCGCAUUACCGCUCCGCCUGGUCCCCGUAAAACCGCGAAAGUAUCCAAACCGGCCGAGCAAGACGCCGGUCCACGAACGUCCCUAUGCCUGUCCGGUCGACGGUUGCGACCGAAGGUUCUCCCGGAGCGACGAGCUAACCCGACACAUUCGCAUCCACACGGGUCAAAAGCCGUUUCAGUGCCGCAUAUGCAUGAGAUCCUUUUCACGGAGCGACCACCUAACUACCCACGUACGCACCCACACCGGUGAGAAGCCGUUCUGCUGCGACCAGUGCGGACGAAAGUUCGCGCGGAGCGACGAGAAGAAACGCCACGCGAAGGUACACCUAAAGCAAAGGCUAAAGCGCGAAGCCUCGAGCUCCGCCGGCAGUGGUUCUAACGCCGGGAGCUCGAACGCCGGUAGUAACGCGUCGCGCAAUCACCCCCAAGCUCACACAUCAUCCCCCUGCAAUCAGUAGAAAGCGCGAUACAUGCGUUCAUCCUCAAUACCCAUCCCAAAAACACUUUCAUUUUUAAACAUAUCAUCA